AUGAAGAAAAGAAUGAGGAGCAAUAGGAAGCCGCAGCAGGGAACUAUCCUUGAUGAGCUUGUGUUCGAGAUCUUAAUCCGGCUGCCCGUGAAAUCGCUGGUGAGGUUCAAGACCGUCAGCAAGGCCUGGCAGGCCACCAUCUCCGACCCGUUCUUCAUCCGUGCGCAGCUCGGCUGCUCCAAACAGCGACAGCGGCAUGAUCCGUGCUCGUUCCUCAUCACCCCCCAGGUUUUACUCGAACCUGACUGCACCGCUGAGGAUUAUGGUGUCAAGGCCAUGUCAACAGACAUCCACUUCUACCGGUGGAAUCUAAGAGAGUUCGACUGCAGCAGCACCACCACCACGCUCACCUGCAGGAGGCGCUUCCCGGACGGCGAGUUCGGGGCGGUGUCGCAUCUGGCGCACUGCGACGGUCUGGUGCUGCUCCCCACCAGCACCAAGGCCUACGUCUUCAACCCGGCGACUGGGGAUGUCCUUGCUCUGCCGGCGAGCCAGCGCAACAUGCUGCGGAAUGUCACGGCUCUUCCUGCUGGCCUCGGUCUCGAUGCUUCCACCGGCAGAUAUAAGGUAGCGCGCUUCUUUUUCCGCGCCCGCAAGAUCAAACGCUGGGAGAUUGACACAAUGGGGAUGGAGGUAUUCACCAUUGGUGGCGGUGGUGAAGACGACAAGGACCCUUCUUGGAGAGAAACCCUGGUGCAUCCACCCUACCCUGUCCACAGCGCGCAGACCGGCACCCACUGCAAGGGACAUCUGCUCUUUUUCAUCAAUAAGCACAAUCAGGAACAACCCCCAAAUGGCCUGCUCCGUUUCAGCCUCCAAGACGAAACAUUUGGUGUCACUCCGUUCCCUUCCAACAUGGAGUCAGCGGUUGAUGACGAAGAUAUUUUCGCCCAAGAGCUAGACGGGGAGCUAUGCUGUAGUUACGUUUCCAAGUCUUCGCAACGGCUACUAAUCUGGAUGACAAGAGAUGUUCAGGAUCCACAAUGGGGUUGCCGGUACGUAAUCGAUGUCCGAGAUCACUGCCAUCCGGUGGCCUCACGUGGCACCAUGGCGGCGCUUGGCAGCGAUGGGAUUCUUUUAAGACGAGGCAGUUUUAUCUUCCGUUACGACUUUGAAGUUAACGGGGUGAGAGAAGAUGAAAUCUUCGAUAUGAGUAGCCUAAUAUACUUUGGGCCCAUCGAAGACACCGUGGGGCAUGUGUGGAAAAAUGUUGCCUGGUUCGACCUAAUUAGUUACAGUGAAAGUCUUGUUCCAAUUACUCAAGUGUACAGGCCUAGAAUGUGA